CCUUUGAGUGACUUGCUGCUUUCCAACUCCAUGAGAGAAAUCCUUUGCCUUAAACAGUUACUAUCGCGUGAGGAUAUGGAGUUGAGGCUUUUACUUUGAUUAAUUCUCAAGGCUAUAUAUGUUUUGGAUUGUCGAUGAUGGGUUGUGACUUGUGAGCCAUUUUCUAAAGACCUAUAGACGGGAUUACAAUGGGCCAUUUUCACAGAUUCUGUUGGGCCAUUGCCUUAAUGGAGAUGAUUUUUGCUUGAUGUGUGGAGCUCUAGAUAUAAAUGUGAAAUUUUGUAAUUUUAGGUCUCUCCAUUUUUUUGUUUUGUUUUGUUUUGUUUUAUUAUUUUCUAAGUUUGUGAAUGGCCAUUAUUAAUUUUCUAAAAGUAGUAUAUCAAAAAUACCAAGUGUAUAAAGUUGGAAUACUAAUGCAUCCUUUGUUUGGUGAGGUGGAAUGGCUAAAAAAAAUGGUAUGGUGAGCUGGAAUUACUCCAGGCAGUCUUGGAUAAGGAAACAGGUUAUAGUUGCAGAAUCAGCACUACCUAGUUCCGGGUGACCCAAAAAAAGAAACAACAAACGAUGGAUGACCCCGAUCAAGAGGUCCUAGAAGCAGCGGAAACACUCCUUGCAAUGCGAGCAGGGGGCUACCCGAUAUUGAUGGAUGCUGAUCCCGAUCAAGAGGUCCUAGAAGCAGCGGAAACGCUCCUUGCAAUGCAAGAUGGGCCAAUAUUGGUGGAUGCUGAUCCUGAUCAAGAGGUCCUAGAAGCAGCAGAAACGCUACUUGCAAUGCGUGAGCCGAUAUUGAUGGAUGCUACCCAACCAAUUGCAGCCGACGCCCCUCCAAGAGUUCCUGAUAACUUGCCUCUUCCUCGAAGGUCACCAAGACUUGCUGCUGUAAGGGCUGCCGCCAACACCCCUCGAGUUCUUGAUAACUCGACUCGUGUUCGUAGGUCACCAAGACUUGCAGCAAGGGCUGCCGCCGACCCCCCUCCAAGAGUUGCUGCAAGCAGUCGCUGGAGUCCAAUUGGCAUUCGGCUUGUGGGGGAAAAACAGAACACCAAAAUAAUGGGUAGAUGCUCUUGAUCUAUCAUUACUCCUAUUGAUGUUACCAUAGACAGGAAAAACAGAACACCCAAAUAAUGUGUAUAUGCUAUUGAUCUAUCAUUAUUCCUUUUGCUGUUACUCAGAACACCCAAAUAUUGUCUAUGCUCUUGAUCUAUCAUUAUUCCUUUUGCUGUUACUAUAUACAGGAAAAACAGAACACCCAAAUAUUAAUUAUAUACAUCUUAUGACUACUGGACUCAAUACACAUUAUGUAACUUGUAUCUUAAUAAAGCUGUGGCUUUAAU